AUUUCUGUUCUCUUGUGAUCAAGCUGAUGCAAGAAAGACAUCUCUUUACGUACCUAGAACCUUUAAUACUUCUGUACCAAAGGCUCGAUCAUUCAAGAUGUUAAAAUUGUCCCUAGGGUUGGCUCUACUGUGUGUGCUGAGCUCCAGCUCGGCUGAGCAGCUAGUACCGUUGCUAGCAUGGUCUAACAGUGAUUCUCUCUCGGGGGUACAAAGUGCGUCUGACACUAGUAGCAUUCUGAGAGAUGUCGAGAUGGAUCAAAUAGACGUUGCUAUUCUUUUAAAGUCCAGCUCAUUGAGCUUUGACGACAUAGCCAAGUAUGGUGGAGUGUACGGAGAAAAGAAUGCUGCUCUCUCAAAUCUCCAGGACUUCUUGUCGUCGUCUGCCUCCUCCUUCUCUGUUGGGGUCAGUGGAGAGCCAGCCUCUGAGCUCACCUCAUCUCUCAGCUUUAUCAUGGAUGCUCGUCCCCAGUUUGUGACUGAUAUUCCCCAACUGAAGAGUGAGGCUGAGUCUAAGCAGUUGUAUGUGGUAGAGUUACCUCAAGGAACCGAUGAGGAAACCUUCAGAACACACGAUGCCAUCAUUUCCAAGACUGUCUCAACGCUUGACAAACAAGACGUUCGCUACACAAUCUUCUACACUGCUGACCACACCUCCAUCCCUGCCUACCAAACUUUGAACCCUGACCUUGUCCGAAGGGCUGCUUUUGAAGAUAACCUGGACACGGUGCUAAAACCAAACGACAAAAGUAAUGUCCUCUGCUAUCCACUCGUGAAUGAUGCGGCGUCUUGUAGUUCUUUAAAUACUUCUUCAAACUGUACAACUUGUCUCCUGUUUUGUAUGACCCCACACAUUGAGUACAAAAAAAAGAUAUCCAGCAAUACAACAAUAGUGGGUGUGGCUAUGAAUACGAACACCUCUAACGAUGCUUUCACUAUGCUGAGCGGUUCCUGUAGCACAACGAACGCUGAAGGCUUCAUUGACUUUUAUAACGAAACAGGCACCGAUUUUGCCUAUAUUGCCUUUAACGUCACCUUCACUGUCGGCAAUUCCUCUGACGACAACACGUUCUACAAAACCCUGGCAUACACAUUUAUGAGAGAAGCGUGUAAAAGCAAUACGACAGCAUCCAACGCCUCCACCUUGGAUUGUGGAUUCUGGACAAUGCACUUCUUUGCUGGUGAAAGUCCUCAGAAUUUGACGCUUCACACUCAGUAUCACUCCGAGAAAAUCUACUCUCGAUUGGCCAUACCGCUGACCCGCUCCCAAACCUCUAUCACCUCCUACGCCUGUGGCAAUUCCACUCUUAACAGGUUUGUGGGAACUGAGGGCAAUUUGAGCGACUCCUACCAACACGCCGGCAUACAGGUGCAACCAUUUGCGUCUCUCAAGGUAAUGGGGACUCCACUGACCCUACGCUUUGGCACCGCCUACAACUGUCAGGGUUACUUUGGGACGUCGUCUCUAAUGGGUGUGGUCGCUGUGCUCAUACUCCUCGUCAUCCUCUACCUCUCCACUGUGUUCAUAUUCAGUAUACAGACAAUCGAUCGUUUUGAUGAUCCGAGAGGCGAGACUGUCAAAUUUGAAAUCUUGCACUAAGUUUUGAGAUGUUUGAAGCGUGUUGUUAGAAACAAUGCUAUUAUAUACAUGUUUUUAGGUUGCCUGUGUUUUAUUUGUGUGGAAUACAUGAUAUGCUUCGUCGUACAUGAGUUAUUAUAAUUGUUUAA